GGACCCUCGCCACUUUCUUGGUCUAUAUAUCAUUGUGAAACAAAACUCUUCGUUGCCAUUACCACACGUCCCUAGUUCAUUUUUCUUUAGCGUUCGAGCAACUAGUCUUCAAUAUUUAUUGCUAUUUCCACGAAUUCAAAAGCACAUUUCUUGCCUUUAGUUUUACUUUUAGAACCAGAUAUGGUAGACGUAGAAAUUGAAGGUAAUUCCUUAUGGAUAGAGCUCUUUCAAACCAAGAAGAAAGAGAGGCCACUGUGCAGCACCGGCCAAAGCUCAAGCCUUUUUCACUUCUGAAGCAGACUACAAAUUCAAGAAAUUUGGACACGGUUUCUACAUUGUCAUUUUGGGCAUCAAAAUCUUUAGAAUAUUGAAAAAUAGAGCCACCGUAGUGAAUAACUCUGUUUAUUGUGCUUCGACCAGUUAUCUUGAGGCUACAAUGGAGGGUUUGGUAACUGAUAAUGAAAUAGUAGAAGAGGGAAAUGUUGGGUUUUGUGAGAAUAGGGAUAAAUUUGGCGCCUUUGUGGAUGUGAACGAAGAGGAUAGUAGUUCAACUUCUGAUUUUCUGGCUUCUGAGAUUACUAGGAAUAAUGACAACAGUAGUUCUGUGGAUUCUUCUUCACCCCCUUCAAUGGGUUGGUUAAUGCAGAAGAAUGAAAUGCCACAUUGUGUCAAGUCUGAUGUCUCUGAAGAGGUUGAGAAACUCCAUUUGGAUAACGGAAAAUUAGAGAAGCAAGGGUCCUCUUUGUCAGAAGUUGCGAUGAUGAAAGAAAGAUUUUCAAAACUGCUGCUUGGUGAAGAUAUGUCUGGUUGUGGAAAUGGGGUUUGUACUGCUCUGGCUAUAUCAAAUGCUAUUACUAAUCUUUGUGCUACACUUUUUGGGCAAAUUGGGAGGUUAGAACCAUUACCAACUCAGAAGAAGCUUAUGUGGAGGAGGGAAAUGGAGUGGCUUCUUUGCGUUAGUGAUCACAUUGUUGAACUGAUACCUUAUUGGCAGACAUUUCCCGACGGAAGCAAGCUUGAGAUUAUGACUUCCCGACCACGGUCAGAUCUAUACAUUAACCUGCCAGCCUUACGGAAAUUAGAUCAUAUGCUACUAGAAAUAUUAGAAAGCUUCAAAAAUUCAGAGUUCUGGUAUGUCGACCAAGGUAUUUUAGCGCCAGAAGCUGAUGGAACUUCCUCUUUCCACAUGCCACUUCCCCAUCAAAAGGAAAAAUGGUGGCUUCCGGUUCCUUGUGUCCCAGCUGGUGGCCUCAGUGAAGAAGCAAGAAAGGGGCUACAGCAUUGUCGUGAUUGCACAAACCAAAUACUUAAAGCUGCAUUGGCUAUCAACACUUCUGCUUUAGCUGAAAUGGAUAUUCCCGAUGCAUAUCUGGAAGCUCUUCCUAAGAAUGGAAAGGCGAGUUUGGGGGAUCUUAUUUAUCACUACAUAAAUUCAGUUAAAUUUUCACCAGAAUGUUUGCUCGACUGUCUUGAUUUGUCUUCUGAGCAUCAUGCUCUAGAAAUUGCGAACAGGGUUGAGGCCUCAGUCUAUGUGUGGCGCAGAGAACCAAACUCCAAACCAUUACAAAGGGCGCAAAGAUCCAAUUCAAAGUCAUCAUGGGGAAUGGUCAAGGAUUUUGUGAUUGAUACAGACAGGAGAGAACUGCUUGCCGACAGAGCCGAAAGCCUGCUGCUUUGCUUGAAACAACGGUUUCCUGGGCUCCCUCAGACCUCUCUGGACAUGAGCAAAAUCCAAUAUAAUAAGGAUGUCGGCAAAUCCAUUUUGGAGAGCUACUCAAGAGUUCUGGAGAGCCUAGCGUUCAAUAUAGUGGCACGUAUUGAUCACCUACUCUACGUGGACGACUUCACUAAACAUUCAGAUAAACUCUUGCAACUCUCCAACAUUGGGAUGAUGGCUCAUAAGAGCGUUGGCAUUCGACUCCCUGUGCCAGCCCUUUCCAGCACGCCGUACAAAACUGCUUUUGCAACACCAAGGUUCUCACCUGCACAGCACACAAGUCCUGCGAAGGGAGAUAGAUCACCAUAUACUGAAAGCAACAAACUUUCCCUUCACGGAUUUGGCGUGAAAAAGGUUUUGACAAAUUAUUUGAGCAUUGAUUCAAAGGGGAAGGAACUGAGCAACCUUGGAAGAUCAGAUUCUUUUUCGAGUACAACUCGGGAAACAUCGGCAUCUCCUUCAGUUGAGUCUUGCAGGAGUUUAAAAGAGGCUGGUAGUCCCCAGACACACUACUCAGUUGGAGAAGAAUGAAAAAAUUAGACCAUAUAUAUUCCUUCAUGCGUCUUCUUUUUCUCUUUUGUUUCCUAGCUACAUAUUAUUUAAUUCAUUUAUCAAGAUUGUCUGCUGAGUGCUAUGUAUUUUCAAUAUACAAUCGCAUUUUUGAAGUUGCAGCUAUUGAACUGACUCGAUUGUGAGAAAAAAGGCAUUAGUCUUUGAUCCUUGCCCCUUGAAAUGAAUUAAUCCUUUUUUGUUUGAGCUCA